AUGGAGAAAAAUUAUAUGGAUAGAAUUCGAAGAGCACUGGAAGUAUUUCCAAAAGAAUGGAAGGAACGAGGGAAAAUCUCCAGUAAGAAAGCAUACAAUUUGAUUGUAACCGAGAGAAUAUAUUCAAUUCCAUGGGAUCGAACUUUUUCUACCAACCACAAGAUAUUGUAUCCUAAAGAGUUUAUAGAGGGAUUUGGUAAGGAAUAUGUAUAUGAAGAUACUUCUGUAGUUGGAGAAUGCAAUCGUUCGUUCACAGAAACGGACAACCCUGAAAAUAUUUACUACGAGGCCCAAUGUUUUUUGGGUGAAGAGGUAAUAGCAAUAUUCACUAUGUCUGGUGAGGCUCUUCUUUCGGAUUUGGCAGCUCUACUCACUGGGAGUAAUAAUCUGACAAGCAAAGUGUUUUUUGUGAUAGAAAAGACAAUUUACUUGAAAAAUAUUGACGAAAGUUCUAUAAAGUUUGCCACCAUGAUGUUUCAAUUGAAGAUAUUUGAUAUUAAAAAAUGGGAUUUUAAGGCUGAUAAAUGCAUAAAGGAUAUAUCAAAGGAAAUCUAUUUUCAUGACGGGAGAUUUCUGAAUUCAAUCCGGAUCACAAGAAUGUUCUUUUCGCAAAGAAGAAUGGGGUCAUAUGUGUCUGUAAAACAUCUCCAUGGAAGAGCACAGUUGUGUAAAUGCUGCCUAAAAAAUAAUGCGGUACUAAAGAUAGCUAAUGAUCCUAUUCUUCCAGAGAAGAAAAAAUUUAUUUGUAGGAAAUGCUUUGAACACCUGUUCCUAAGCAAAGAAGGGAAUCAGCGGUACGAAGAUGUCGUGGUAGAAUUUCUCCAUUAA